UCGGGUCGCGCGCGGGGGUCGGUGAGGCGGAGCGCGCGUCAAACUCACGCCAGCGGCUCUUCAUUUGGUCAUUUAACGGAAAACUCACUGACAGACACCGUUCCCUGCCGAGCCGUGCGUGUUUGUGCUUCUGCCAUGCGGUAAACGCGGGAAGAAACACAGAAACAGUGGAUGAUCUGUGAGCGCAAUGCAGAGUCCAGACAUGAACGGGUUCACCGGAGUCACAGCGCAGUCUUCACAAAUAAACGGUCACGGCUCACUGUCUCCAGAUGUUCCUGCCAAAAGGACGGGUGGUAAAGCUCUGUAUGGAACAGAUGGAGUGUAUUUCCUCCACACCUCUGCCAAACACAAAAAGAAAGAGCAAAGGAAGAACUACACCAAAAACAGCAUCAACAGCCUGACGGACACGUCACAGUACCAUGUGGAGCAUCUGACCACGUUUGUGAUGGACCGUAAGGAGGCGAUGCUGACCAUCGAGGACGGCAUCAGGAAGCUGCGUCUGCUGGACGCUAAAGGGAAGGUGUGGACGCAGGACAUGAUCCUGCAGGUGGACGGGAAAGCCGUCAGCCUCAUCGACAACGACAGCAAGAAUGAGCUGGAGAACUUUCCUCUGGCCUCAAUCCAGCACUGUCAGGCCGUGAUGAACGCCUGCAGCUACGACUCCAUCCUGGCACUGGUGUGUAAGGAGUCUGGUCAGGGCAAACCGGACCUGCACCUGUUCCAGUGCGACGACAUCAAGGCCAAUUUGAUCCACAUGGACAUCGAGAGCGCCGUCAGCGACAGCAAGGGCGGGAAGGUCAAGAAGCGCCCAGAGGUGCUGAAAAUGAUCCUGAAGAGUGACGGGACCAUCCCUCCGCCCCCAGGAGGCCCCGCCCCCGAGCUUCCAGGAGCUGUCAAUCAAACGGAUGGCAAGAGCCGAGUGGCCAGUUGGACUCCGUGGACCAAUGAGCAGCAGGAGGAUGAUCCACAGAGACAUUACACAGAGCUGGAUGGCUCUCCUGGGAUGAGUGCAGCGCAAGUGGACAGAGAUGUGCAAAUCCUAAAUCACAUUCUGGACGACAUCGAACACUUCGUCACCAAACUGCAGAAAGCCGCCGAGGCCUUUAACGAUCUCUCAAAACGCAAGAAAACCAAGAAGAGCAAAAAGAAAGGACCCGGAGAGGGAGUUUUGACUCUGAGAGCUAAACCUCCAUCUCAGGAAGAGUUUAUCGACUGCUUCCAGAAGUUCAAACAUGCCUUCAACCUGCUGGGGAAGUUGAAGAACCACAUUCAGAACCCCAGUGCUGUGGAUCUGGUCCACUUCCUGUUCAAUCCUCUCAAACUGGUGAUCCAGACGUCUGGAGGAGUGGAUCUGGCUAAAAGCGUGAUCGUUCCUCUCCUCACCAGAGAAGCCAUUGACUUCCUGCAUGCGGCGGGUUCGGCGGAGGAGAGACACUUGUGGGUCACGCUGGGAGACGGAUGGACCAAAUGCAGGUUGGAGUGGCCGAAGGAUCACCCGUUUCCUCCGCACACGCUGUGUUUUCGGGACGGCUGGGAGCCGCCGGUGCUGGUGUCUCGUGAGCAGGACGUGGCUCAGUUGGCGGAGAGGCUCGGUGCGGCUCAGAGACCCGUGGACAGACCUCCGCUCGACCAGCCGCUGGUUCAGGACUUCCCCGGUGCAGACGGGUACGGCUACAAACACACCUCUUACAAGCGCUUGCACCUGCUGGAGCCAGACACGGCCGUGGCUGCUUUUAAACACGCGGUCAGCCGUCAUGUAGAUAGGAACCCAGAGGCUCACAGCCGGACGCAGAGGAACUUUGCCAAAUCCAGAUACGACUUUGUGGCCAGAAACAACACUGAACUGUCUGUGAUGAAAGACGAGGUGGUGGAGGUGCUGGAUGACAGGAAGCAGUGGUGGAAGGUGCAAAACAGCUCGGGGGUUAUGGGAUAUGUGCCAAACAACAUCUUGGAGAUCAGCAGGGCAGUGGACAUGACGGGCCGUGGAGAGCCCAUCUACAGCCACACCAUACAGCUAAUGAUGCCAAAAAAGGAAUUUGAGUUGUUUAAGCAAUUACUGGGCGAGUUAAACGAGAAGCAGCGCUCAGAUUAUGUGCCCAAACCGGCUGUGACUGAAGCCCCGCCCACCCCAGUGGCCCCGCCUCCACCCACCCCACUGCAGAUCCCCACCCCGCCACUGCUGCCCGCAUCCGCCCAAAAACAGGACACACCAGCGGCCAACGGCCAACAACACAACAACGGCAGCGACGGCGUGACCAUGAGAGAUCAUCAGCGAGAGAGACCCGCGCCCGCCAGCCGCCGGAAGUCCAACAUGGAGGAGGUUCAGGACGAGCUGAUGCACAGACUGACUCUGGGCCGCAGCGCUCAGAAGAAGUUACAGGCUCCAUCUCGCUCCUCCAGCCUGCCGGCGGUCAACAUCACGUACGACUCCACACCGGAAGACGUCAAGGCCUGGCUGCAGCUCAAAGGCUUUAGCGAAGCGACUAUCAACAGUCUAGGAGUGCUGACCGGCGCUCAGCUCUUCUCUCUGAACAAAGACGAGCUGAAGACCGUCUGUCCUGAUGAUGGAGCUCGGGUCUACAGCCAGAUCGCCGUCCAGAAAGCUGCUCUCGAGAGGAGCGCCGCCUCGGAGCUGCAGGAGAUCAUGAGGAGACGACAGGAGAAGCUGGCCUCGGCGGCGGCGAGCGACUCCGGCGUGGAGUCCUUCGAUGAGGGGAGCAACCACUGACCCCUCUCUGACCUCUGUGACCUCUGACCUUUUACAGGACGCCGUGGAGCGCGCUCAGUUUGCUGCCGUGAUGCGCCGUCGUCAAGAACUCUUGGACCCGUCUGAUAACGGAACUGGAUCGGACGUGGACGAACACUUUUGAAAAGGCUUUUUUGUUUACGUUGUUGCAGCGUUCUUUGUA